AGUAGCAUGCAUAUGACAUAAAAUUUGAGGAGAAAAGAUAGAAUUAUAUAUGGAUGAAAAUUAUAGGAAGAAGGUUGUAGUGGUAAUGAUGAUAUUGAUAAUCCCUACACUAGCACUUAAAGUGCAAGCUGAUGAUGACCGUUUCCCUCCUCUCCAUCCUUCUUCAUCUCCUUUCUCUUCCCGCUCUUCAUCUACUCCAUCUCCUUCUGCUCCUCUCUCUCCCUCGAGGCUCGUUGGUGAUGGUAUUUCUAAAACAAAAUCAGAAGAAAUAUGCCGACGAAAGUGUGUUGCCAUAUGUUUAAUGAAAGUAGUUAAAGACAAAUCUUUUGAAUUCUUCAAUUAUUAUUAUGAUGGAUGUAUGUAUGAAUGCAAGACAGGUCAAAAAGAUCGCAGAUCUAAACCACCAGGUAAAAAAGAUCGCAGAUCUAGAAGUCGAGGACCAGGUCCAAAACAUCGCAGAUCUAGAAGACCAGGUAAGAAUCAAGUGGAGGGCCAUAUGGAAGCUGGCCAUAACAAAACUGGUUAAACAUCUUCAAGAAGACACUAGCUUUGCAUUAUACUUUAGAGUAACAUUUUUUGCACAAUAAUUGCAUGCACUUUGUAUAAUAAAGAAAAUGUGAAACUUUUUUGUGAAAGU